GACGCGGCUGGUGAUGACGUCAGAGAGGCGUGGCCAGGUCUGAAUGUUUGAGGGGUCGGAUUCUCGCACCAUGCCGGGCACUGACGGACCUGUACAUCUGAAUGAAACUUAAUUCACCUGGCAAGUUGUGUGCUAUUGGCUGAAUGAUGGGACAGCAGUUAUCCAGUCAGACCCAAAGUGUGAUGAACAAGCUGCCGGAGAAAGUUUUAAAACAUGCGGCUUUGGUACGAGAGAGCGGCUUUCUAACAUAUGAGGAAUUCCUGGGAAGAGUUGCUGAGCUAAAUGAUGUGACUGCAAAGCUGGCUUCGGGACAGGACAAACAUCUCCUGUUUGAAGUGCAGCCAGGCUCGGAUUCCUCAGCUCUGUGGAAAGUUGUUGUGCGUGUUUUGUGUACGAAGAUUAAUAAGGUCACCGGCAUUGUGGAAGUGUCCAGGAUCAUGAAUCUCUACCAGUUUAUCCAGCUCUAUAAAGAUAUCACGAGUCAUGCUACCGGAGCUUUUUCCCAGGACAGCUGUGGUGCCGCCGCAGAGGAUAAUGCUGAAAGUUUCUCCUCCGUGUCUUCAUGUCAAGCCAGCAUUCUAAUGGGAAAGGUGAAACAAGUGACUGAUGACGAAGAGUGCUGUAUAUGUAUGGACGGUCGAGCAGACGUGAUCCUGCCAUGCGCACACAGCUUUUGUCAGAAAUGCAUUGAUAAAUGGAGUGACCGGAAUCGCAAUUGUCCGAUUUGUCGGCUACAAGUGACCGGAAUGAAUGAUUCCUGGGUGGUUUCGGACGCCCCUACCAAUGAAGAUGUGGCUAGCUACAUACUGAAUUUAGCUGAUGAAGUCGGGCAGCCACACGACACGUUCUUCUGAGCACUGCAUUGUGGGCAGGCUAUCCAUUCCCAAUAACAUGGUCUGUGUUCUCAGAAUGUAACAAUCUGUGUAUUGUAUUCGUAUUAAAUCUCCUACAGACUCUCAGAUGUUAGGGUGUAAAUAGAACUCAACAUGUCAGCAAUACAUUAUUAUGCUACUGAGUUAUAUUAAUUCUCUCUGAAUCCUGGAGAAAUUAACUGUUUGAAUUCUUCCAUUCGGCUAACACUGUAAGAGACGUACUACUAUGUAAA